AUGACAACGCACGAAGAAAUUAAAACCGAAUUAAAUAACGCAAAAGAGUAUAAGGAGUGGAAGAAGGAGUGGGGAGAGAGGUUGAACAAGUUGAAGAGGGGAAUAGAGAAUGAAGAAUACGAAGGAGAAAAGGAGGAGUUAGAAAAUGAAAAGAAAAAGCUGGAGAUAAAUGGGAAGUGUUGUAUCAAGAAGUGUUACGUGAGAGAAAGAUUUGUGAGAGCACAUGGAGACUUUCAACUUUGGGAAAUCGAGGAGAAUACCGAUAUAGAACCACUAAUAGGGGUUGACGAUGACGUAUUUAGUAAUCACCGUGAUCCUCCCGCUCAAGGAUCAAAUGAAGUUAAUGUAACCCAACCAUUUUAUGGUGGCGGUCGGGUGAGAGAUAAUGUUUUCCCUGAAAUCAUAAUUGGCCGUUCCGAUUUCUACAGAGAAUUGACAGAAAACCCACCUGAUUUAUCAAAGGGUAUACCUUGCAGCGAAUCCAUCUCUAACAAACGUUUUCAAUGGAUGUUUAACGGAUGGAAAGCUUUGAAAGACAGCCUCAUUAUCGCCGGCAUAAUUGAGCGUUAUCAUAAAAAUCUGUCUAUGAGAGCUUCUGGCGAAAAAAACGAAUCUCCAAAUAAUGAUGAAACGUAUAUGUAUAGGAAUAAGUCAUCAAUUUCUACUGAAAGUCUCUUAGCUUCUUUCAUCAAAGAUGGUAUCUAUAUCAGAUUACAUUCUGAAAAUCAUAUCCAUAUACAGAUUACAUCUCACCUUGAAAAUGGAAGAGAGUGUAUAGGUACAAGUACGUGA